AUGAAGGACACAUCCAAAGUUAUCAUUGGAGCAACCUUAGUAAUGGUCGUUACCCUUGCUUUUGUCAUUGCCCUCAUUCUUGUUCUUCUAGCGGAACUCUAUUGUUCUCUUUUACUUCAUCGCCACAAACUCAAAAACAAUAACACUCAAACUUUAACCAACGCAAAAACUACCUUAACUAAUGUUUCUCCUCCUUCACAUUCACAUUCACAUUCACAAUCACAUUCACCACAAAACUCUCCUCAACCGCCACAAAACAUUACCAACAUUUAUUCACAAGGUGUUCUUCAACCUCCAAGAAACUUUCGUUUUCCUUGCAUGGAAAAUAUUUCCAAAGAACAACUAAACAAGCUUCAUCAAGUUAUCAACAUUCAAACACAUGAAUCAUUGAUUUCAUCAACAACACUAUCAAUGUCACCUUUUCUAUCUAGACUCCCACCACAACAAAAAAAUACAACCCAUCAAAGUAAUAUUGGUGAAGCUUCAUCAUGUCUUGAAGAAAAAAAGGAGCUUGUUUACAUUUCCAACCCCAUUUAUGAAAAUGAAGAAGGAAAAGAAAGUGGUGUAAAAGUAGAUACACCAUUUGAGACACCUAAUACUUCACCUUCACAUUUAGAAAAAAGUGAUUCUUCUUGUGAAGAUGAUGAUGGUGGUGAUGUUGUUGCAGCUGAAAUUGAAGUUUAUACACCACCUUUGACUCCAAUGAAGAAGCUAGAUGCUGAGGCUUGUUCGGUUUCUCUUAGAGAUGUUAGGUCCUUAGGUACUAAUGGAAGUGAUUCUUUAAUUUCACGUAGUGUUAAUGGUUUAUCCUCUUCAUCUUCUGAUUCACCUUCUACUUCUCCUUCGUGGUGA